GUCAAGAACUGUCAAACGAAAAAAAAAUCCAAUAAAAAAAAGUGAGCACGAUAAAAUUGUUCCAAUUAACUUGAAAUCUACUUGCAUUACUUUCGUUCGCAACAUUUUCGUCAAGCAUUUUUUGCUUUUGAGUUGAACAUUUUGUAUUCUAUUUUAUAAUCGUAUUUGGAAUCGUUGAUAGAAGCCCCGUGUAACAAGAUGACCAAUUAUAAAAUAUCAUCACGAGCCUAUUCCAAGAUGGUUUUGCAUGCAGCAAAGUAUCCACAUUGUGCGAUAAAUGGUUUGUUGUUGGCCAGCUCAAAAGACACAUCGAAUAACAUUGAAAUUGUUGAUGUGAUGCCAUUAUUUCAUCAGAAUUUGCAUUUAAGUCCGAUGGCUGAAAUUGCACUCGUCCAAACCGAAGCAUUGGCCGCUGCAAAUGACUUGCAAAUCGCUGGCUAUUAUGCUGCAUGUGAAUUAUUUCAAGACAAUACCAUUGAAAAGGCACCAGGCGUCAAAAUUGCCGACAAAGUGGCCGAAAACAAUCCGAACGCUGCAUUCAUCAUUCUCAAUAACACAAUUCUGGGGGGCAAAGACAAUGGACCAUCAUUGAAUGUUUACCAAAACAAAGAAAAUCACUGGGUGUCAACAUCAUUUACACUAAACCAAAUCAAUGAAACAUUGGAUGCAGUCGAACUACUGAUUCAACGCGGUGCAAUGAAGGAUCUGUACGAUUUCGACAAUCAUUUGGAUAACAUUAAAAAUGAUUUUUCCAAUGCUCAUUUGAAUCGUGAUUUACAACAACUUCUCGCCAUGUAUUAAGCAUUGAAUAAUUCAUUCAAGUAUUUCUUUUCAAUGAGCACAUACGAAUAAUUAAUUUAAUUAUUGAUUUUAAAUUCGAGGUUUUAACACAAUUGAACAAAAUAAAUAUGUAAUGGGGCGAAACGAAUAAUAAUUCCACAAUAAAAUUUAGUUUGUAUUUGAAACUAUAAA